AUGAAGUUCGAUUUUUCUCUUUUAGCUUUCGCCAGCUUUGCUGCUGCUGCUGUGGUUCCAUUGCAGGACUCUCAAGAGCUUGUUCAGCGUGAUGAUAAAGACCCGCCUGCCAAAUUUGUUCAGAGCCCUGCGCCGUUGCUCAAGACAACCAAUGCCUUGAAAAACAGGUAUAUUGUUGUCUACAAGGACGACGCUCUGGAGGACUUCAAAACCAGCUUUGGUGACUGGAUCACUCUGACGCUUCUUGCCAAAAGAGACGGUUCUGCUGACAAACUCCGCUCUUUCGGACUUGGUGACCUCAGCGGUUACGUUGGUCUUUUUGACGACGACAUCUUGGAAUCCGUCCGGAAUAGCGCUGCCGUGAAGUAUGUGGAAGAGGAUGCUGAGGUUUCUGUUGAAGCCAUCGCCACACAGAAAAACGCCGAGUACGGCCUCGUGAGAGUAAGCCACCGCCAUAACGCCAAUAACGGAAACUACUUCCAUAAUGACGAGGCCGGCAAAGGUGUCACUGCGUAUGUGGUGGAUUCUGGAAUCAUGUACGACGAUCCCGAGUUCGAGGGCAGAGCUUCUUUUGGUAAGCUGGUGGCCCAGCCAGACGAGAAAUACGAUACUUUGGGCCACGGCACCCAUGUUGCCGGCACCAUUGGGUCCAAGACGUAUGGUGUGGCUAAAAAGGUGGAUCUUGUUUCUGUGAGUGUGUUCAACACCAACGGCAGAGCCAGCAUUUCCGACAUUUUGACUGCGUUUGACUGGGUCGUCAAGGACCACGACAAACGAAAGGGCAAGAAGGGAUUCAGGGGAUCCACUCUCAACAUGUCCAUUGGCGGUGUUUUGUCUCAGGUUUGGACUGACGGUAUCAAUGCUGUGGUGAAUGUUGGAAUCCAUGCUGUUGUCUCUGCUGGAAACGAACAACAGGAUGCUUGUGAUUUUAGUCCUGGUGCUUCGGACGCCAUCACUGCUGGUGGCACCGACGUCAACGAUGACAGGUAUGGAGGUUCCAACUACGGAAAGUGUGUGGAUAUCAACGCUCCUGCUGUGGACGUUGGAUCUGUCGGAUGGAAGGAAACGCCUGACUACAAAACAGGGACGUCGAUGGCUUCUCCCCAUGUUUGUGGUGUUGUUUCCUACCUUUUGUCGUUGUUCCCUGGUCAAGGUUCGGAGUUUGCCUCCACCAUAAAGCCUACUGACUUCAAGAAGUUGGUGGCGGACUUUGGCACGAAGGACAAGAUUUCGAAUCUCAAGAGCGACACUCCCAACGUGAUUGCCUACCAGGGUGGUAAGAACCCACUUGCGUUUUGGGUCUGA